UAUACUAGAAUGCUCCUCAAUUUGGAGAUUGUGCAGCAGUUAGCAAGUGGAACAACCAAUGGCUUCUAAACCAGGAAUUCUCACUGAUUGGCCAUGGACAUGGCUUGGGAGCUUCAAGUAUGUGGUAUUGGCUCCCUGGGUAAUACACUCGACAUACUCAUACAUGGUGAAGGAUAAAAGUGAGAGGGAUUUUUCUCAGUUUGUCAUAUUCCCUUUCUUACUAUCAAGAAUGCUGCACAACCAAAUAUGGAUUUCGCUCUCUCGCUACCGAACGGCAAAGGGGAAUAACAGGAUCGUCGACAAGAACAUUGAAUUCGAGCAAGUUGAUAGAGAAAGGAACUGGGAUGACCAGAUUAUAUUCAAUGGGAUUUUGUUCUACGUGGGGCAGAAGUAUAUCACACAGGCUCAUCAUAUGCCCUGGUGGAGGACAGAUGGGGUGAUUUUGACUAUUUUGCUGCAUGCAGGUCCAGUGGAGUUUCUCUACUACUGGCUCCAUAGGGCGUUGCACCACCAUUUCCUCUACUCCCGCUACCAUUCCCACCACCACUCCUCCAUCGUCACUGAACCCAUUACAUCCGUAAUUCAUCCAUUUGGGGAGCAUAUAGCAUACUUUAUGCUCUUUGCAAUACCACUGCUUACAACUUUGUGGACGGGAACUGCUUCCCUGCUUUCGUUUGCUGGUUAUAUCACUUACAUUGAUUUCAUGAACAACAUGGGCCACUGCAACUUUGAGCAUAUUCCUAAAUGGCUCUUCUCCAUAUUUCCUCCGCUCAAGUACCUCAUGUACACACCUUCGUACCACUCACUGCACCACACUCAGUUCCGUACCAAUUACUCACUUUUCAUGCCAUUCUACGAUUACAUCUAUGGUACCAUGGACAAAUCAUCAGAUGCAUUAUACGAAAGUUCACUCCUUAGAAAGGAGGAGGCGCCUGAUGUUGUGCAUCUAACUCAUCUAACAACGCCAGAAUCAAUAUAUCAUCUCCGUUUGGGAUUCGCAUACUUGGCUUCUGAGCCUCACAAAUCGAAGUGGUACUUGUGGUUAAUGUGGCCUGUGACAUUUUGGUCGAUGAUGGUCACUUGGAUAUACGGGCGCACGUUUAUUGUUGAGAGAAACAUCUUCAAACACCUAAAAUUGCAAACAUGGGCUGUCCCCAAAUACAGCAUUCAAUACUACAUGCAAUGGCAGAGAGAGUCAAUAAACAAUUUGAUUGAGGAUGCUAUACUAGAAGCUGAGGAGAAGGGCGUUAAGGUUUUGAGCCUGGGUCUACUGAAUCAGGAAGAGGGACUUAAUAGAAAUGGUGAACUUUUCUUGAGAAGGCAACCUCAGCUGAAAGUGAAGUUGGUAGAUGGAAGUAGUUUAGCGGUUGCUAUUGUGCUGAAUAGCAUUCCUAAGGGUACAACUCAAGUGGUCCUUCGAGGGAAUCUGACAAAGGUUGCUUACUCCAUUGCCCUUGCCUUAUGCAAAGGGGGAAUCCAGGUAUUCACACUGCACGAGAAUGAGUAUAAGAAACUCAAAGAAAAGCUUAGCUGUGAUGCUGGAAAUAAUUUGGUCCUCUCUAAACACAAUCUGUCAAAGACAUGGUUAGUCGGAGAUGGACUAAGGGAAGAUGAACAACUCAAGGCAUCAAAAGGAACAGUUUUCAUUCCGUUCUCUCAGUUUCCUCCAAAGAAAAUGCGCAAAGAUUGUUUAUACAACAACACACCAGCAAUGUUGGCUCCCAAGCAUCUUGAAAAUGUUGACUCUUGUGAGAACUGGUUGCCAAGAAGAGUAAUGAGCGCAUGGCGCAUAGCAGGUAUUCUGCAUGGCAUUGAAGAAUGGAACGUGCACGAGUGUGGAAACAUGAUGUUUGAUAUUGAAAAGAUCUGGCAAGCCAGCCUUGAGCAUGGAUUCCGUCCAUUAACAGUUUCCGCGGAAAAGGCAAACUAGACAAUAUUUUAUUUCAGAUGAUAUUUCUGGAAUCUGCCUAUAUCUUCAAGGAAGUAAUAUGGUAUGCUGCAUUUUGAGAACCGAGUUUGAGUGCUUGUCUAGUCCAAUGUUAAGCCCAUGAAACAAAGUUAACAAACCGAUGGUUUUCGCCAGUGAUUCAAUAAUAUAUGUGAUGGAAGAGUUGUCAACUUCUGAAGGUGAUCUAUUACUUGUGGCCAA